UGUCAAACACACAAACACUGAACAUACCUUUGGAAAGGAAAAGCAAUUUCUUGUUUUUCUUAUUAAAAACUUUACAAACUAUUUUUACAGCAAAAAAUUAAUUAAUUUAAUAUAACUAAAAAUGACUGCAUUGAGUUUAACGAAUUAUAAUACAUAUUCAAAUUAUAAAAAAUGUGGAGAAAUAUUACAAUCUCCUAUUAUAGGAGAGAAACAAUAUGCCCUGUUGUGUUUGCAAUGCCAUGAAAUUUGUUUACAAUUUCAAACAUUUAUGAUACACAUAGAACAGGAACAUGAAAACUCCUAUCUAGAUGUAAAGACCAAGGAGGAAAAUAAAGACUUUAACGAGGAGGAUGACAUUGUGCUCAGUGAAUACGGUAAAACCGAUAAUGAAGAGGAUGAGGAUAAAAAGGAUUUCCUUAUGGAUCCUUUAGAAGAACCCGAGGUGUUAUUGAUUAAAAAUACACCUUUGAAAGAAAAAGAUCAAGUGUGUAGCAGCAGACAAGUUGCACAAGAACCAAAACGAAAAUCUCAACAUAAAAAAUUACAAGAAAAAGAUGUUAAACAGGAACCUCUUGAUAUUGAUUGUAAAUCAUAUACUGAUGGUACAAUUACAAAUGAAAUUGAGUUUGUAAACUCAAAUGUGCAUAGCGAUGAAGAUGAAUUGGAUAUCGGGGAUUUGGAGGAUAAGAAAGAGAAAUUAAUUAAAAUUACAAAAAUAGAUGAUAAUGAUGAAUACUUUGACGAUGAAUAUAUAAGAGAUGAUGAUGACGAAGAUGAGGAAGAAGAAUUUUUGGACGAAGUAAAAACACCGCCAGCUAAAAAGUCCAAAGUUAAAAUGGACGAUGGUCUAGAUAUUGAUGAGUUUAUGCAAAAUAAAAUGAAAGUAAUAUUAUUUAUUACUUCGUAUCAGAAACAAGAUGAAUUAUGGGAUGCAACCAGACCACCAAAAUUAGUAAAUCGAUGUCGAAAGAAACGUGAGGAAUGCUUAAAAAUCAUCUGUGAUGAAUUGGAGAAAAUGCAAAUUCAAAUGACCACAAAAGAUGUGGAGAAAUGUAUAAAAUACAUGAGAGUACGUUAUAUACGCGAGGUGCGUAUACGUAUGAAUUAUAUAAAAAAUAAAGAUAAAGACUAUAAGCCUUUGUGGUUUUAUGAUCAGUUGGAGUUUUUAAAACCCACAUUAAGUUUCAUACAAGAGCUAGAGGAGGAGCAAAUGUUGGCUAAACCCGAAUUAAAAGAUGAGCAAAUCAUUACCUUAAUUGAUAUUUACAAAACACAUCCCUGUUUAUGGGAUGAACAAGAUAUUUACUAUAACUCUGAUCAAAGGCGCCAAGAAACACUGCAAACCCUUUUAAGAGAAGUCAAUGAAAAAUUGCAAUCAAACUAUACUUUAGCCGAGCUGGAGGAAAAAAUCGAAUUUAUACACAAACUGGUGAAAAAAGAAAAGGAGUAUAUUAUAGAAUUUACCGCCAAUAAACCAGUUGAAGAAUACAAAUCGUCGUGUAAAUUUUAUGAACACAUUGAAUUUUUAUUUCAACAUUUGGGUCCGUUUAAAUGUCAAUUUUGUCCCAAAGUUCUUUCACACAUCUAUACAUUCCGUAUACAUACGGCCAAACACGAUGGUUCAAAACCAUUUAAAUGCUCUGUUUGUCAAUAUGAAUUCACGCAAAAGCCCGGUUACGUUAUACAUCUAAGACGUCAUACUCAAGAUUUUCCCUUUGUGUGUAAAUAUUGUGGCAAAGGAUUUCCCUGUAAAAAAGAACUUAAAUUACAUUUUCAAAAUCAUCCAGAAUAUGAAAAGGAAUUUAUAUGUGAUAUUUGUGGUGAGGGUUUUACCCAGCAAAAGCUUCUUAAUUGGCAUUUAAAGGCUCACAACAAUAUACGGGACUCAAUUUGCAAUGUCUGUGGUAAAGGUUUUACCAAUUCGAAAUUAUUAUUUCAACACCGUACCGUUCAUAGUCAACAGAAGAGUGUGUGUAAAUUGUGUGGUAAAACGUAUGCACAUUAUCGCGGUCUAUCGAGGCAUAUGACUAAAGAUCAUGGUACAACAGUUGCUGCUGUGGCAGCAGUAAUGGGUGAAAAGCCGAAAAAAAGAGUUCUAACUUUAAAUGAAAUAAAUUAAGAUGUUUUAUUUUUAUUGUAGAUAUAUAAACAUAGAUUGUAAUAUUAGUUUUAUAUGUAUUAUACUAAAAGGUUUAUUUAAAUUUAAUUUUAAUAAAUUUAUGGACAAUUGUAAUUUUUGGUCAGACAGAAAAAAUUAAAAAGCGAUCAGU